AUGGGCACAACCCUGGUCCGCGAGUUGGCGUUCGCCGAGGACAUGCAGCGCUACCACCUCUUCGGCGACCUGAUGAGCCAGCUGGAGGUGCUGGAGGCCUGCGGGAAGCCCGGCAUGGUGCAGCUGAGCCCAAAGUGCAAGGAAGCGAUCGACGAGUCGAUGAGGGCGACGGGCAGGGCGGCCAAGCUCGACCUCGUGUUCACAGAGCGCACGGACGAGCUGAAGACCUCGAAGGGCGAGGUGCACAGCUUCGACGAGGUGGGCGGGCGCACCUGGCUGGUCUCCCGGGGCGGCGCCGGGCACGCGUGA